CUUAUCAUUUUCCAUCAGAAGGAACCAUGAGAUUAUUUUAAUUUAGCUUGACCUAUUUGUUCAUGAAAAUGGAUGAAAACGCACUAGGUUUAGCAGCUGAAUGUCCUGCUAUGUGUAACUUUUAUAAUGGAUCUGGAGGAUCUGAAUGUGAUCUUGCAAACGUUUGUUCUGUUUAUGAGUGUGACAGGGAUAUUAUGAAUCACUUAUACAGUUUACAAAGUGCACAAAUUCUAGACAGGUGUGUGUCUAAUGCUCAUAUAUGUCCUGAGUACAUAGUAAUAUUGUAUCGAAGUGGAUAUUUCAUCAUCGAUAAGGCAGUGCUUUCUAUGAAAAUAUGCCUGAAGCACCGCGAAGAGUUGGGAGCACGGUGGAAAAGAUCAAAGAGAACUUGUUCUUAUCCUGGUCAUCGGGGUAAUAUGAAAGCUGACAGAAGGGCCAGUCCAACAAUGUGUAAAGAACUCUGGUUAAAAACAAGACAGACUAUACCAGUAGGAUCAGCAAUUUGCAAAAGGUGCUCAAUGGAUCAUAAGAAGAAUGUGUCCCCAUCAUACAAUGUAGAGUAUGUAGAAGAACUAGAGUGGUGUAGACAGAUUUGUAGAAUUCUUCACACAGACAACAGAACAAAAUCCAAAAGUCAUGGUAUCAGACACAUUUUUUUUUAA